AAUGGCCCGUACCAAGCAAACUGCCCGUAAGUCGACCGGAGGUAAGGCCCCUCGCAAGCAGCUGGCCACCAAGGCUGCUCGCAAGAGUGCUCCGGCCACCGGAGGAGUGAAGAAGCCGCAUCGUUACCGUCCGGGAACCGUAGCCCUGCGCGAGAUCCGUCGCUACCAGAAAUCGACCGAGCUGCUGAUCCGCAAGCUGCCCUUCCAGCGCCUGGUUCGUGAAAUUGCCCAGGACUUCAAGACCGAUCUGCGCUUCCAGAGCUCGGCCGUGAUGGCCCUGCAGGAGGCCAGCGAGGCGUAUCUGGUCGGCCUGUUCGAGGACACCAAUCUGUGCGCAAUUCAUGCAAAGCGCGUCACCAUCAUGCCGAAAGACAUCCAGCUGGCUCGCCGCAUCCGUGGAGAGCGUGCUCGUGUUUUCGAGUUGAGCGCGCAGAUACAGCAUAACGCGGAUGAAGAUCGUAGCGAACGCACUCUCUUACGCACCCAAGCUAUCAACAUGUCUGGCCGUGGCAAAGGAGGAAAAGUUAAGGGAAAGGCAAAGUCCCGCUCGAACCGUGCCGGUCUGCAGUUCCCAGUUGGCCGUAUCCAUCGUCUGCUACGCAAAGGCAACUAUGCCGAGCGCGUCGGUGCUGGUGCACCAGUGUAUUUGGCUGCCGUAAUGGAAUAUUUGGCCGCUGAAGUGCUCGAGUUGGCAGGAAACGCUGCCCGAGACAACAAGAAAACGCGCAUCAUCCCGCGUCAUCUGCAGCUGGCCAUCCGCAACGAUGAGGAAUUGAACAAGCUGCUGUCCGGCGUCACCAUUGCUCAGGGUGGUGUGUUGCCGAACAUCCAAGCCGUGCUGCUGCCGAAGAAGACCGAGAAGAAGCUUAUUCUGAAGCAUACUUUCAACGCAGCCAGACGUCUUUACACGUUCCACUACCCAACCAGUGAAAUGGCCCGUACCAAGCAAACUGCCCGUAAGUCGACCGGAGGUAAGGCCCCUCGCAAGCAGCUGGCCACCAAGGCUGCUCGCAAGAGUGCUCCGGCCACCGGAGGAGUGAAGAAGCCGCAUCGUUACCGUCCGGGAACCGUAGCCCUGCGCGAGAUCCGUCGCUACCAGAAAUCGACCGAGCUGCUGAUCCGCAAGCUGCCCUUCCAGCGCCUGGUUCGUGAAAUUGCCCAGGACUUCAAGACCGAUCUGCGCUUCCAGAGCUCGGCCGUGAUGGCCCUGCAGGAGGCCAGCGAGGCGUAUCUGGUCGGCCUGUUCGAGGACACCAAUCUGUGCGCAAUUCAUGCAAAGCGCGUCACCAUCAUGCCGAAAGACAUCCAGCUGGCUCGCCGCAUCCGUGGAGAGCGUGCCUAAAUCUCGCCAGUUCCCAUCGUUCAUCGAGGGGCAUUAU